UAUUAAUUGGAUUUGUGAUUGAUAUAGAAAAGUAGGAUUGCAAUAUUUGCGAGUACAUAUUUGUUUCUAAAAUUUAAACGGAAGUAUAUGCAUAUUCAUAUUUUGCAAAGCUUUUUCUACAGGAGAUAUUGUACCAGUCAAGAACUGCCUGACGAUCGUUAUUUGAUUUAUUAAACAUAUCAAUGAAUUCUAUGAAAAAGGAAUAAUGUUGGGAAUGAAUCGCCGGGGUAUUAAUACUGUUACAACAAUGGCGUCUCAAUCAGGAAUGGAUGACAGCAAUUGGAAAAACAUAAAUGUAGCGGAAAAUGCGACACUUUUAAACAGUUCUAACAACUCUAAUUUAAACACCGAUGGAUCAAAUCAAAGUGGAUUUCCACAAAACAGUAUUGCGUAUAAUUCAAGUAACAGUCAAUAUUCACAAGGAGGUCAAUCUUCUCCUGCCGGUAAUCAGUCGAUCAUAUUUCAAAAUACGAAUCCACCUGGUUCUAAUACUCCUCAGUAUACGUCUUCACCUGCCCCGUCUGGUUCUUCGACUCCAGGGCCAGUUGUACAACAAGGCAUUGGCGGUUCCUAUACUCAGUCUGCUAGUUCGGGAUCAUUUAAUGGGCCUGUAGGAGGUCCGUUUGGUUCUCCCUCUUCGAAUUUAAAUCAAUUUAAUAGACCAUCGAAUGCAGGAACUCCUUUUAAUUCUGGACAGGGCAGUCACUUUUCUUCGCAAGCAGUCUUUGGAAGCCAAUUCGGCACAUUAUCAACUACUUCUCCAUUUAGUCAUACAGGUAGCCACCCAAUGAUGGGAAGUUCUCAACAAAUAGAUCGUAUGGAGCAAGGCUUUAGAAGGCAUAAUUCUUAUUUUAGUCACACUGAACAUCGUGUUUUUGAAUUGAAUAAGCGACUUCAGCAACGUACAGAUGAAAGCGAUAACUGUUGGUGGGAUUCAUUCACCACUGAGUUUUUCGAAGAUGAUGCACGAUUAACAAUAUUGUUUUGUUUAGAAGACGGACCGAAAAGAUAUACUAUUGGACGGACAUUAAUACCACGAUUCUUUCGCAGCAUCUAUGAAGGAGGGGUAUCUGACUUGUACUUCCAACUUAAACAUGCAAAAGAGUCAUUUCAUAAUACAACUAUUACGCUAGAUUGUGAUCAAUGCACAGUAAUAACCCAACAUGGUAAGCCAUUUUUUACCAAAGUAUGUGCUGACGCAAGACUUAUACUAGAAUUUGUGUAUGACGACUAUAUGCGCAUAAGAUCAUGGCACAUGACAAUUAAAGGCCAUAGGGAACUUAUUCCACGGUCUGUAAUAGGAACAUCGAUACCACCUGACCCGAUGUUGUUAGAUCAAAUAACAAAGAAUAUUACAAGGGCAGGCAUAACAAAUUCCACUUUGAAUUAUCUCCGAUUAUGUGUUAUAUUGGAACCAAUGCAAGAAUUAAUGUCUAGGCAUAAAGCAUAUGCAUUAAGUCCACGUGAUUGCUUAAAAACUACUUUGUUUCAAAAAUGGCAACGAAUGGUGGCUCCACCAGGAAAAAAGGAUCCACAAAGACCAGCGAAUAAGAGACGUAAACGGAAGGGAUCUAACUCUGGAGGAGCUGCAAAUACAGGCACGCCUCCGGUUACCAAUCAAAAGAGAUCUCCGUCGGGUCCAAAUUUCUCGUUGUCUUCACAAGAUGUAAUGGUUGUAGGUGAACCCACCUUGAUGGGGGGUGAGUUUGGUGAAGAAGAUGAAAGAUUAAUUACAAGACUAGAAAAUACUCAAUAUGAUGGAAAUAAUGCUGUGGAACAUGAAAAUCAUUCAGGUUUUGGUCAUGCAGACUCUCCAAUAUCAGGAUCAAAUCCAUGGAAUAUGGAUCGAACAGGAAACAUCCCUUCUAGUCCCAGCAAUGCUUCUGUACAACAAAACAAUUCAAAUAUAUCUGAAAUAGACAAAAAAAGUCCAAUAGUUUCACAGUAGAUUACUUGGCGUGCCAGUACUUCUAGGAUUGCAUAUGAGAAAUGCAAAAGCUCCCAAUUAAAUAUAAUUUUUAUUUUGAGAAAAAGCAACUUUAUUUUAUGGUACACGUAUGUGGUGUGUUAUAAUUCCAUUAAUUUAUUAUUAUUCGGAGUUAAAUUCACACUUCGUUAC